AUGACAAUUUAGCGUUUAGAAAAAUAAAAUAUUCACGGAUUAUUUUUAUUUAUCGCUAAAAGUAAAUAACCUUAAUUUGACCUCUAGUGACGUCAUCUUUUGACUCUAAAGGGACAAUUCCUUUGCCAUCAAAUAUACACACGCUCACACACACUUGUUUACAACUGUCAAAAGUGUCAAGUGUCAAGAUAUAUAAACAAGAAACAUAACCUCAAAUUAUUCAAAAAUUCGAUUAUUCUAUUUAGCGUCUAGGAAAUUACCACCAGAAAACGAUGGAAUAUAGGGAAUGCUUCAUUCCGACCUGUAAAAAUGACUCAAAAAAUAGUCCAGAUAAAAUUUUUGUUCGUGUUCGGGAAGACUUGAAAGAAAAAUGGUGUCGUGAAGCUAAGGCGGAGUGUUUUAAAAUUUACAGAAUGUAUUGCUGCGAAGAUCAUUUGGAGCCCAGGGAAGAUUUGAUUAAUUAUUACCAAUGCAAGUUAUUGAACGAAGAACCUAAACUAAAACGUUCGGCUUUGUUGCGCAAUAUUGGUCAAGAUACGAAUGAAGACCUAUCAGAACUAAAUAAGUUAUUGUUACAACCUCCAAGUACCAGCCAGCCAUUGAAAAGGAAACGUGAUGAUUUUGAUAAAUCAAAAUCCAGCACUAGUCUUAACAAAAGUAAGCUGUUUAAAAGGAUUGAGGAUAUAGCUAUGCCCAGUACAUCCACAUGUUCUACAUUAGCUAUAAAUGUAGAUCAAUGCUGCUACUCAGUGUGAAAUAAAGAUGGUUGACAAGAGUACAAACUAUAAAACUAGGAAACAGCCUGCAAAUAUUACUACCACUGACAUACUGCAAUCUUCACAAGAGACAUCUUCGGCAGCAACCCCAUCUUUAUUUGGUUGUACAUCAGAAACUGAAGAAUCUAGUGUAUGUGAUGCAAGAAGAGUGGUGUCCAAAACUAAGAAGAUUAUGUUAGACUUAGUAAUAAAUAAACCAAGGAUGUAUUUGGGGUUACCAAAACAAUAUAUAUGGCUUAUUGAUCAUAUAGUAGAAAAAAGUACAGCAAAAAUAGACAAUCUACACAUUAUUGUUAGUUUAUUGAAAAUAAAGCAAAAUGACUCACUGGAACGUAUAAGUGAUCAAUUUAAUAUAUCUCGUACCAAGCUGUCCUCAAUGAUAUUAACUGGUAUUGAAGUAUUAGGUAACUUCUUUCAAAAUUUUGUUUAUUGUCCCCAACCCAAACAAAUAAAAGAGAAUCUACCGUUGGUAUUUAAAAUAAGAUAUUCUGAUGUCCAAAUGAUCAUUGAUUGUUUUGAGAUACAAAUCUCAAAACCAUCUAACCCUUUGAAACAAGCUCAGACAUGGUCGCAGUACAAAAGUAGUAAUACUGUUAAAUACCUAAUAGGUUGCACUCCAAAUGGCUUUAUAAGCUUUAUAUCAAAAGGUUAUGGGGGAAGAAUAUCUGAUAAAGCGAUUGUAGCAAAAAGUGAUUUAAUAAAUGUUUUAAAGCCUAAUGCCGUUAUUUUAGCUGACAGGGGAUUUAAAGAAAUAGAAACUCAAUUAAAUGCGCGGAAUAUAAAACUUUUGAGGCCACCUAGUGUUUAUACAGGCACCAAACAAACUACUCGUGAGGCACUUCAGAGUAAAGUAAUUGCAAGUUUGCGAGUUCACAUUGAGAGAGUUAUUAGGCGAGUAAGAGAGUAUACUCUACUGAAACCUCAUUCAGUUGUUAAUUAUAAAUAUGUACCUUACUUGGAUGAAAUAGUGUUAAUCGUUUGUGGUUUAAUUAAUUUGCAAGGAGAAAUAAUAAAAAGUUAUUAAAAUGUA